AUGUACUUCGCAAAGCUGAAAUCUUUGAAAUUGAUGAAUAAGGGAUUUUCACCUCACACGUUUAGUGUGUUUGCGAUAGCUUGUUCACGACUAACAAUUUUGAAUUUAAGUCGCUGUCCGUCUAUUACAGACGGAGAUUUAAUUCCAAUAUUGUUAAGAAAUCAGAAUUUGCUGAGCCUCAACCUGAGUCAGUGUAAAAGUUUGUCCGCCAAAUGUUUACAACCAGUAAUAUUAUACUGUAAUAAUUUACGAACCCUAAAACUGGCACGAUGCCCGUGGUUAACAACUGGUGCCGUGGAAGCUCUGGCUCUGCACCAGUGCACCCUGGAAGAUGUAGACUUAUCCUACUGCGUCUCAAUAUCUGAAAGCUGCAUACUGAUAUUCAUUAAGAAGUUCAGACACUUAAAAACAUUUAACUUGGAAGGCAAUAAACAGGUGACUGACAAAACUGUGUAUGCCCUGGCUAAGUACAGCACAUUACUAAAAAUGUUGAACUUGACUGGAUGUUCAGAGAUUACCGAUAAAGGUGUCAGAUAUUUAGGUCUUCAUAGCCCCAAACUACAAGGCCUGCUUGUGCGAGGAUGUACCAAAGUAACUGAGAAUAGUCUAAAACUAAUGAGAAACAGGGUGCACCUAGAUAGGAGGUAUGAGGAACCUCUACCAGUCCCUAUCUAUGUGCAAGUCUGA